AUGGCGAACAUUGGUGCUGGUGUUUCGAAUGAUAUGCAACAUCUCGCAUCCGGCAUCAUGCUUACCUUACCUACCUUAGAUAGUGCCAAUCAGCUGUGCUUUAAACCAAAGAUCAAUUAUUCGAUAUUCCCGCUGCUCGAAAUAAGGCAAGUGAAAUAA